AUGGGCGAGUAUGACUCUGUUGAGUCGCAAGGCAACCUCUGCACUAAAGACCAGCAACUAUCAUUGCUCCAUUUGAAGAAAAGCCUUCAAUUUUCUCAUGACCCUGAUUCCGAUUCAUACCCAACCAAGGUUAUAUCUUGGAAUUCAAGCACCGAUUGUUGUUCUUGGCUUGGUGUUAAUUGCAGUAGUGAUGGGCAUGUCGUUGGUCUUGACCUUAGCAGCGAAGCCAUCAACGAUGGCAUUGACAAUUCGAGCAGUCUCUUCGAUCUUCAACACCUUCAAAACCUCAAUUUGGCCGAUAACUCUUUUACCUAUGGCACUCGCAUUCCAUCUGCAAUCGGAAAGCUUGUGAACUUGAGGUAUCUAAAUUUAUCAUAUAAUGGUUAUUCCGGGCAAAUUCCCAUUGGGAUUUCCCGCUUGACAAGGUUGGUUGUUCUUGAUAUGUCUGGGUCAGAAGACUCCAACAUUACGUCCCCGAAGUUAAGUAUGCUCUUUCAUAACCUCACAGAGCUUGCAGAACUAUAUUUUGACCAUGUACAUUUGUCAGCAGAGGGGACUCACUGGUCCCAAGCGAUAUCAAAUCUGACGAACCUGAGGGUGCUGAGCUUGCAGGACACUGGUAUUUCCGGUCCUCUUGAUCAAUCCCUCACUCAGCUUCAGUCUCUCUCCAUGAUACGAUUGGGUGAUAACCAAAUCUCCGGUCCAAUUCCAGGAUUCUCUGCCAAUUUUUCAGAGUUGACUUCCUUGAGUCUCAUCUCUUGUGGGUUGAAAGGAACAUUUCCCAAAGAGAUCUUUCAGGUACCUACUCUACAAACUAUUGACCUUUCGGGUAAUGAAGAACUUCAUGGUUCCUUGCCGGAAUUUCCAAACAAUGGAUCUCUUCGGUCCUUAGUUCUAAGAGAGACAAAUUUUUCAGGGUUACUGCCUGACUCUAUUGGAAACCUCAAAAAGCUGUCCUUCCUAGAUCUUUCAUCUUGCAGUUUCUAUGGAUCAAUCCCAAAGUCAAUAGCAAAUCUAACACAAUUGGUUGGUUUGCAUUUGGGAUUAAAUACGUUCAGUGGUUCGAUUGAUUCUAUUAGCUGGGAAAACCUUAUUAAUCUGGUAGACCUCCAGGUGGAUGACAACCUACUUGAGGGGAGUAUUCCAUCGUCUCUCUUUUAUCUUCCCUUAUUGACACAACUAGUACUUUCCCGCAAUCAAUUCUCUGGUAAACUUCAUGCAUUUUCUAACACCUCUUCCGACUUAGAAUAUUUGCACCUUUCAGAAAACCAGAUUCAAGGCAAGAUACCCCAUUGGAUUUGGAGUUUCAAUCAUCUUUAUUACCUAAAUCUUUCUUGCAACUCUUUGGUAACUCUAGAAGCUCCUUUAUAUAAUUCUAGUGUGUCAAUAGUUGACAUUCAUUCAAACCAACUCCAGGGUCAAAUCCCAACUUUCAUACCAUUUGGUUACUAUCUGGAUUACUCAAGCAACCAUUUCAAUUCUAUACCAUCUGACAUUGGUUAUUUUUUCACUUCCACAAUGUUCUUCUCUCUUUCAAGCAAUAACUUGCAUGGGCUCAUUCCGGCAUCAAUAUGCAAUUCGACAAGUUUUCUUAUGAGUCUUGAUCUGUCCAAUAAUUUUCUGAGUGGCAUUAUUCCCCCAUGCUUGACUGCAAUGCGCAGUCUCAGAGUACUUAAUUUAGCAAGAAACAACCUCACUGGAACUGUUUCUAAUUUUCAAGUUACUGAAUAUAGUUUAUUAGAAAUUCUAAAGCUCGAUGGAAAUCAGUUAGGUGGUCAGUUUCCGAAAUCUCUAGGUAACUGCACACAGUUACAGGUUUUAAACUUGGGAAACAAUCGUAUAACAGAUACCUUUCCAUGCUUGUUAAAAAACAUGUCCACCUUGCGUGUCCUUGUGUUGCGGUCCAACAACUUCUAUGGAGGAAUUGGAUGUCCCAACACCUAUGGCACCUGGCCAGUGCUUCAAAUCAUACACCUAGCUCACAACAAUUUCACUGGUGAAAUACCGGGAAUAUUUUUGACAACAUGGCAGGUAAUGAUGGCUCCCGAGGAUGGUCCCCUGUCGAUUGUCAAAUUCCAACUGGGUACAGUUAUUGCCGGAAAACCAAUGUCGAUUGAUUAUUCUUUUAAGGAUCGUAUAACAGUUACCAGCAAAGGUUUAGAGAUGGAUCUAGUAAGGAUUCUAUCUAUCUUCACCUUGAUUGACUUCUCCUGCAACAACUUCAGUGGACCAAUACCCAAGGAAAUGGGAGAAUUCAAAUCACUACGUGUCCUUAACUUGUCCGGAAAUUCUUUGACAGGUGAAAUCCCAUCCUCAUUUGGUAACAUGCAGGUACUCGAGUCCUUGGACCUGUCACAGAACAAGUUGGGCGGGCAAAUUCCACCACAGAAACAAAGGACUAUAUGGGGGCCUCCUUUGACAGUGGAUAACAAAGAAGGAUUAUCACCACCACCAACAUUAAAUGGAAGCCUUCCAAAUUCUGGCCAUCGUGGGAUUAAUUGGGAUCUUAUCAGUGUUGAAAUUGGAUUUACAGUUGGCUUUGGAGUUUCCGUUGGGUCACUUGUGUUGUGCAAGAGAUGGAGUAAGUGGUAUUACAGAGCUAUGUACAGGAUGGUUCUUAAGAUAUUCCCACAGCUGGAGGAAAGAAUUGGAAUUCAUUGA